GCGCCCUGCGCAAGGCUGCUUGUUGUUCCCGCAGAGAGGCGAGAAGAUGGCGGCCGUGUCAAGCGGAGGUGCUGCUGGGACUCCUGCGGCCGGGAUAACGCACUCUGCCCGACCGACCCACGCCGGCAUGGGCCCUCAGAACCGAGUCCAACCAUCCUCCGGGCUGAGCCACCCCAGUCGUGCAAGCGCGGCCGCCGGGUGCAUCGCCAAUCCGGUCCAGACUUCGACCACCAGGCCCCCUCCUGCCCGAGUGGGCCACUACGAGAUCGAACGGACCAUCGGCAAGGGGAAUUUUGCGGUCGUUAAACUGGCCACACACAUCAUUACUAAAGCAAAGGUGGCUAUAAAAAUUGUGGAUAAGACCCAGCUGGACGAUGAAAACUUGAAAAAAAUCUUUAGGGAGGUGCAAAUAAUGAAGUUGCUGAAGCACCCCCACAUCAUCCGUCUAUACCAGGUGAUGGAGACAGAAAGGAUGAUCUAUUUGGUAACGGAAUAUGCCAGCGGUGGAGAGAUUUUUGACCACCUGGUUGCCCAUGGACGUAUGGCAGAAAAGGAUGCCAGAAAGAAGUUCAAGCAGAUUGUGGCAGCGGUUCAUUUUUGUCACUGCCGUAACAUUGUCCACAGAGACCUGAAGGCCGAGAAUCUUCUUCUAGACCACAAUCUGAACAUCAAAAUAGCAGACUUUGGUUUCAGUAACCUGUUUUCUCGAGGCCAGCUGUUAAAAACCUGGUGUGGUAGCCCUCCAUAUGCCGCACCAGAGUUAUUUGAAGGCAAGGAGUAUGAUGGACCCAAAGUAGAUAUAUGGAGCUUAGGUGUGGUGUUAUAUGUGUUGGUGUGUGGCGCCCUUCCUUUUGACGGCAGUACUCUACAGAAUUUGCGAGCACGUGUCCUAAGUGGAAAGUUCCGUAUCCCCUUCUUUAUGUCAACAGAUUGUGAGUACUUGAUCAGACACAUGUUGGUGUUGGAGCCCAGCAGGCGGCUGAGCAUGGAACAGAUAUGUAAGAACAAGUGGAUGAGACAAGGAGACCCAGACCCUGAUUUUGAUAGGUUGAUAGCAGAGUGUGAGCAGGUUAAGACUGACAGGGAAACCGAACUCAUCAAUGAGCAGGUGCUGAUAGCCAUGAUCGAGAUGGGCCUGGACCGAGAACGCACCAUACAGUCCCUACAAACAGAUGCAUAUGAUCACUACAGUGCCAUCUACAGUUUGCUAUCCGACCGUCUCAAGAAACACAAGACUCUGCGUGUCGCUCCACCCACACCACGCCCCAUUAGUUAUCCCCUUAACACUCUACAGUUGGAUCCACAGGGUAAUCCAGUUAGCAUAACUGUUCCUCAUGUUCAGCUCAUCAACCCAGAGAACCAGAUUGUUGAGCCUGAGGGCACCAUGGCACUGGACAGUGAUGAAGGUGAAGAGCCAUCUCCUGAAGCUAUGGCUCGUUACCUCUCAAUGAGGCGGCACACUGUGGGGGUACCAGACCAAAGGACAGCGAUGCAGGAGGACCUUCAGAAAUUGCCAUCGGGUUUUCCCCGUGGAGCAAUGCCUCAGCCCCCUUUUCCUCCACUCUCGCCAGCAAUGGGACAAAUGCACACUCUCAUGCCAACCCAAAGCCUACAGCCCACACAACAGUUGGAAUACAAGGAGCAGUCUUUGCUGCAACCACCCACUCUGCAGUUACUCAAUGGCAUGGGACCACUGGGUCGACGAGCUUCAGAUGGUGGUGCCAAUAUCCAACUACAUGCUCAACUCUUGAAGAGGCCCCGGGGCCCAUCACCGCUUGUUACCAGUCCACACCCUAUACCUGCCGUCGCUCCGGUGGAUGAAGAGGGAUCAGAUGGUGAACCAGAUCAAGAAGCAGUACAGAGGUACUUGGCGAACCGCUGCAAGCGGCACACGACGCACGCACUCAUGAGCACAUCGCAUGGCGAUCCCUCUGCAGAGCCCCAGCGGUCACAAGGCCCCCGCCAGAGGGUGGGCUGGGCCCCUGACACACACACCCGAUCCAGUUAUAAAGAUUGCAACACCCUUCAUCUUCCCAUGGAACGCUUCUCACCUGUCAGACGCUUCUCUGAUGGUGCCGCUACCAUUCAGGCUUUCAAAAUGCAUCUAGAGAAUGGCUUCCUUAAGCAACUUAAGCAGGAGUGUGAACAGCUUCAGAAAAUAUAUGCGAUUCAGCAAGAUAACCGGCUCCUAGAGCACACCCAGCAACAGCAUGUGCUUUACCAGCAAGAGCAACAAAUCCUCCACCAGCAAAUCCAGGGUCUGUCUUUAGGCCAUGGAGAGAGCCAGCCCAGUCACCUAACCCACCAGCUCCAAAGGUUGCAUAUCCAACCAUCCAGUCCUCCGCCAACACAUCCCAACAACCACCUCUUCAGACAGCCAAACCAGAGUUCUCCGCCUGGCUCAGUGGGCAUGGUGCAAGGGCACGGUCCAUCUUCAGUACCCUAUCAACAUGGUUCUCCUUCACUGUACCAGGGCCAAAGUGGUAGCCCACCCCCCACAGGUCUUCAAAGAGUAUCGCUACCAACCAAUCAGCAGUCAGCAUCUGUCCACCCUUCUGUCCCAAUGGCUCAGGGUGUCCCGCAGCAGCAAGUGACCAUUCAGCUACAGGAAGUGGAUUUAGAAGGCGGAGCACAAAGGCAAAGCAGCUUUUUGUCAACACCAUGUGGACACAGAGUUCUUGGGAAGCAGUUGAGUGCGGACAACGCAGAGUCGCACAGUCGAAGCCUUGGACGCUUCACGUCAGCCUAUGACCAGGCCCAGUUUAAUCCCCACCUUUUUUCUGGUGAUUCAACCACCCGGGGUUCCCCUGGAUUGGUGAACUCUUAUAACGCUUAUAUGCAGGGAGCCUCUCUCAAUGUACCUGGCCUGGAAGGUUUCCAGGGUGGGACAGUGGGACCCAGCGGUUAUGGCACCCCAUCAGCACUACAGCAAGCAUUACUCUCUCCGACGCCAUUGGACUACCGCCCCCCACAACAGCAUGUAACGCCCACUCUGCAGGGGCUACUGUCUCCCCGCCAUUCUUUAACAGGCCACGCAGAUCCCAGGCUACCACCCCAUGAACUGGCUGCAAUUUUGAAGAGGCCGAUGCCUCGCUCUUGCGCAGCACCCUCAACACAGCCCACUAAUGCAGCGCCAGAAUACGAAGAGAUGCUGCUUCUGCGCCAGCUUAGCCAGGGUGAGACUUUGGAUCCCCAAGCGCCCCAAGGCUCUCCAGGAGGCAAACACUACCAUCACCUUCUCCAGAUACUACCACCAGAAAUCCAGCCGCAGCAACACUCUGCCCAGGUCCCUGGCCGUAACUUGCCCCACUCGGAGAGCAUGGAGGAAGAUGAGGCACCAUCUGGCUACCAUCACACACACGAGGGCCUUCUGGCCAAAGCAGAAGGUCAUGAGCUCCUGGGUCCUCCGAGAGGCAGCACCUCUACCUACAGCUCCCCGACACACAGACAUGGAUACAGCAGUCCUCCAGUAACUCGAGACCCUGUACAUGUAGAGUGCAGACCGGCAGGGCAAGCCAUGGAGGUGCCUGAUCAUAACGGUUUGAGCUUUUCACGAGGUCAGCAAGGAGAUGUGUACAGGUCCCGAGGACAACUUCAGCGCCACCACACCAUCCAGACAUGUGAUGACGCAUAUGACCAGACUGAGCCCAUGUCUGGGAUGAGCCUGUUGGCUGGGAAGGCCCUAAGUUCAGCUCGCAUGUCAGACAUUCUCAGCCAGACGUCACUGUCAGGAAGCCAGCAGCUGCGCCAGCGGGAAGAGUCAGCAGUGUGUGACGUUGAAGGGGAGCUCCAUGCGGCGUCCUGUUAUCCUUCUUCCUGCACCACAGAUAUGCUCCUCAGCUACAAGCCCCCUGACCUGCAGUACAGCAUGGAGCAGGCUGGAGUCUAGCAAUGGGUGCAGUGUAUCCCAUGUACAGUACAGAGGUCCAUGUCAAGCAUCCUGACCUGUCCACUUGAGUCUAGCAGCAUCAUGCCAAACCACCGUCAUUUGUCUCUCUGCUUUAGAAAGCUUUGUGUGGAUGUUGACAUCCAAAGGGGGGAGGGCGGGGUGUUCAGGGUUCAAAAGGUCAAAAGUGCCAGCAUCUCCUGCACAAUCAUUUCUUUCCAGUGGAUUUUUUUUUUUUUUAAAUACCUCUCUUCAUUCAGUGUCUCCCAUCCUGGGCUGAUGAAUACGUGACCAAUCCGGUCGUGUAUUCCCACCUCCUCCUGCGCACACACUGCUGCACAUCAUUCCCGGCUGGGCACUUUUUUGGAGUCGUUCUCACACAGUACAAAACCAGCUCGUUUUUUUUUUUUCUUACGUUCGCCUCCCUUUUUUUUUGUUAUUUAAAAUGUUAUUGUCAAAUAGUAAUGACCAUGUUAAGACAUAAUGCUCAAUAUUGUUACUCUUGUUCCUGUAAAAGAAGGUUUAUUGAAAUGACUUAUUAUAGAAAAUAGUUCUUUGUUGCAAAGAGGACAAACAAAAGGAACUUUGCUCUGCACUUUGGACUCACACCACCUUUUUCCUCCAUUAUGUCUUUUUGGACCCUCACCUUGUAUUAAUGACCCCCUCUUUCCGACCUCCACUCACAUCUGUGACAGUUUCUUGAAUUGUGGGUAGUUUUGCCAGACUUUUGCUCCCUUUUCCUUGUACAGCGAUGCCAUGUAUAGAACGCUAUUUCAAUUUGUCUUUUUUUUUUUUUAUUGUCACUUUUUAUGUUUCGCUUUGUGAGUUUCCUGCCAAAAAAGGACAGAGAAAAGAGACAGGGCUCUUUCUAUGUCUUAAAAAAGAUUGUACUUAUUUGUUUUAAUAUUAUUAUAUUAAGACACUUGAGUAAUUAUUUUGUUGCUUUUUAAAGUAUUUCCUUUGAUAUUGUUCUUAUUGCUGUUCCGCCUGUUUAUGUUUGGAUAGUUGUGGCAGGCUAAACAGGGUCAGGUUUCGGGCUUUGUCUGGGUCGCUUUAGGUGCUACAGACUUGGGGCGGGUGAACCACACAAAGGGAAUAAUAACUCGUCCCCAAAAAAGUUGACAUAUCCUCCAAAACAUCAAGAAUGGAGACUGACAAAAACCCUGUUCCGUGGAUUUCUGCACUUAAUUUGUUAUGAUCCUUCCAUCUUGCUCCUGGAUUGAUGGUCAUUUUUAAACACUCUGGACUGAAACUGGAGUGAAUCCAGCAGAUGAAUACCUUGGACAUGAUUGAAAAUGGACGUCAUUGAAACGAUUAUCCAGCCCCUUACCCUGUUAUUUUUUUUCCAGUUCGAAGGCCGUAUUUGCCCCCCACCCCCCACCUCAUGACAAAAACUGUGGUGCAGUCAAGACCCCUCGGAUGGACGUGUAAAUGUUUGUUUGACCCAAUUGCACAAUCCCAGACUGCACGGUUGACUUACUGUAUGCUUUACAAA